CCGAACAGGAAUGAUCCAGUUCUAAAGAAGCUAGCUAUGAAGAUUCUUGGACUCACGUGUUCUGCCAGUGGUUGCGAGCGCAAUUGGAGCAUGUUCGAGGCGAUUCAUACCAAGAAAAGAAAUCGCCUUGAGCAAAAAAAGUUCAACGACUUGGUUUUCGUUCAAUACAAUCAAAAAUUGCAAGAACGAUUCCAAAGUAGGAAAGAAAAUCCCGAUUUCUUUGACCCCAUCUGCUUAGAUGAGUUGGAUGCAGAUAACGAGUGGCUCGUAGAGACGGAGGAUCCAGUAUUUGCUGGAGAGGAGCUGACAUGGGCACAAGUUGAAGAUGCCGCAUACGGAUCAACACCUGGUGAAGGUAGUACCACUCGAAGGUGAAGGACGAGGGGAGCCGGGGGGCCAGUAGUAGUCGUCAACCCGUUGAUGAGAUUGAGGAGAUUGAAAAAGGAGACGGUGAUAAUGAUGAUCAAGCUGAAGAUCAUCCACCAAUGAAUAUUGAUGAAGUAUUAGUACGUACAGAUGAUGAAGAAACGGAAGAAGAAGAACUGUAUAUGGAAGAAAGAGAUGACUCGAAUGACGAUGAUGAUGAUGGUGGUGGUGGUGGACCUGGUGGUGUUAUGCCACAAUGGCUACUAGAUCAAUGUAUAUGAUUAUUGAUUAGAUAAAUAAUAAAUACAUAACUUCUUAACUUUGUUUAAUAUUUACUGAGUCUAAGUGUGUUG